AUGGGUCCCCGCGACGACGGCGAAGAUCCGCAGAGCACAGGCAGCGGCGCAACUCUAUGGGGAAAGUUGGCGGAGACAUGCAGGUAUUAUACGGGCCUUCCCAAGCCUCGCGUGGAGGCUCGGGUGGUGGAGUUCCGAUCCGAGAGGCAGUUCGUGUCGCUGCUGCAGCAGGGAAAGCCAGUCGCAGUGGCCUUCACCUUCUCGUGUGCACACACGCGACAUUUCGAUGAGAUGUUUCGACAAGCAUCAGCCGACCUCCACCCGCAUGUCAACUUCAUCCGAGUGGAUUGCCCCAAGCACCUUGGCUUCUGCAUUGCUCGCCAGCGCAAGGACUACCCCUUUAUAGAGGUCUUCUAUAACUCGAAAGAGGCACAGCGGGACACGGCCCCCUCUGUGGGAGGAGGUGCAGGAGCAGCGGGAGUGGUUCGCUACAGUGUCAUGGUCCUACCUUACAACUACGACGUUAGCACCCUUGCGUUUGUGCACCAGCAUGAUUGCUAA